AUAUUUAUAUUUUGCACUCCUCCCAAAGUGAGCCUCCAGGUCCAAACGCCCUACAGUUAAUUUGUAUGGGUUUUUGUUCAUUAGGCUCAGUUUGAAAGGAGUACACAUACAAAUAUGUAGAGUGCAAAACCUUAUUUUUUGUAUUAUUUUAUAUGUAUUUGCACUGUACAUAUUUAUACUCUUUCCUCCAAACUGAGCCUUAAAAUGGAUUGUUAAAUUAUUGAGAUCAACUCUUUGGACGGGUAUAUGCUUCAACAUAUAACCAAGUGAUCUCUUUAUAUGGAGCGACAACUUCGGUAGCCCAGAAUGUUUGACCUUACUCCUUGUCCUUGGGUGUAAGCAUGGGAGAGAGACCCGCCUUCAAGAUAGAUCAUCCUAAAACAAACUCUUAACUAAGCAACAUCUCUCUCUCUCAAUCAAUCAAGCUGAACAACCCUUCACAUCUUCCUCUGUAUUUCCCCUGUUUUCUUCCGUUACUGUUCAUUGAAUCGGAAAGAUGGGUGUAAACCCAAGCAGUAGCAAGAGCAACCACGACAAGAAACCUGAAGACUAUGACAAGAAACCGGAAGCCUGGGAACAGAAGAGUGCAACCCAGCAACGAGCAUUGCCAUUAGGCAUUGGCGGUUAUCGAAGCCACAUUACCUGGAUAUUCCUUAUCAGCAUCAUGCUCUACGUACUCUACUCCACCAAUCUCCUCCUCACCAGUACUGAACCUGCUAUAGAUUGUUCUGCUUCUGCUUUUAGUCUUUCCACAGAACGUCUUUCAACGCCUAACAACUCCUCCUCUCUGUCUCUACCCAUCAAAGAAAAACAACAACAACAAGAGGAAGAGGAAAAGGAGGCCCCACAGAUCCAAUUGACUCCGCUAUCCCACCGCUUUGACACUGAGCUCAAACACAUUGUCUUUGGUAUAGCAGCAUCAUCAAAUUUAUGGGAGAAGAGGAAGGAGUACAUAAAACAGUGGUGGAGGCCAAAGGUGACAAGAGGAGUGGUGUGGCUGGACACGCCAGUGAAGACUAGAAGGAACGAAGGACUACCAGAGAUACGGAUAUCUGGUAGCACAUCAAGAAUGCCAUAUACCAACCGGCAAGGUAAAAGGGCAGCACUGAGGAUAUCGAGGGUGGUAUCAGAGACAGCAAGGCUGGGGAUGAAGGAUGUGAGGUGGUUCGUCAUGGGCGACGAUGAUACAGUGUUUGUGGUGGAUAAUGUAGUGCGUGUACUUGCUAAGUAUGAUCACAGACAGUUCUAUUAUGUGGGGAGCUCCUCUGAAAGCCAUGUCCAGAACAUAUUUUUCUCCUAUGCUAUGGCCUAUGGAGGAGGUGGGUUCGCCAUAAGCUACCCCUUGGCCAAGGAACUGGAGAAGAUGCAGGAUCGGUGCAUCCAACGGUAUCCUGGAUUAUAUGGCAGUGAUGACAGAAUUCAAGCUUGCAUGGCUGAGCUGGGGGUGCCACUCACAAGAGAAGCAGGGUUCCAUCAGUAUGAUGUGUAUGGAAACCUUCUGGGCCUAUUGGGUGCACACCCUGUCACUCCGCUGGUGUCAGUGCACCACCUGGACGUCGUAGACCCCAUAUUCCCUCGCAUGAGCAGAGCCGAAGCUCUCCAACGCCUCUUUCAACCUGUCAAAUUUGAUUCAGCCAGUAUGAUGCAGCAAUCCAUCUGCUAUGACAAGAGGCGAGAUUGGUCAAUCUCUGUAUCAUGGGGCUUUGUCGUCCAAAUUUUCAGGGGUGUCAUCUCACCAAGAGAGUUAGAAACGCCGACCAGGACAUUCCUCAACUGGUACAGAAAGGCCGAUUACACUGCCUACGCCUUCAACACUAGGCCCGUCACCAAGCAUCCAUGUCAAAAGCCCUUCGUUUUCUACAUGGACAAUGUUCGUUAUGAUCGGGCUAAGAAGCAAACAGUGACUACCCACUCCCGCCAUAGAGAAUCGCAUCCUUAUUGCAGAUGGAAAAUGGAAUCCCCAGAUUCAAUUGACUCCAUUGUUGUCUUCAAGAAACCGGACAAUCUCCGCUGGCACAAGUCUCCAAGGAGAGAUUGUUGUAGAGUUUUUCCAACAAAGAAGAAAUCAACAAUGUACAUAACUGUGGGCAACUGCCGAGAUGGUGAAAUAAGCGAAUUGUAGCUUGGAGGCUGAGUCGACUUUUCAUUCAAUUUCUUCUCUCCCUCAAUUUUCAUUUUUCUGAUUAGUGCGUAGGUGGGUGAGUUUGUGAGGGUCAGGUUAGCUUUAAUUUUUUUUGCAUCAAUUUGGAACUGAUAGUCCGUGUAAUGUGUUAUUGCAAUGGUAUUUCUUGUUGUACAUUAAUUAAUUUAAGCAGGGAAUUAGCAUUUUAUUCAAC